UCAUCUACUAGCAGCAGAAGAAGAAGAGAAACGUGCGGUUAUGUACAUUUAGUACAAUGCCAUGCAAGAAGAGUGCGGAUGCAGUGCACCGAACCAAUGGAACAUGCGGCGCCACCGAUCAACGAAAUCAAAUUAUCGGCGACUUUCUGUUGAUCUCCGUCGAGACUCACUGGAGGGCGAUCCUUAUUUAUGGGGCUUUUCCUUGUGAACUCCCGGAGCGGCCAAGGCGAAGAGGAUCCAAGUGAGGAAUGGUGGUGAGCACGAGCACCGACACGUCGGUGCAGCGGCGGCGGAGGCAAUGGACGCUGGCGCUGGUGACGGCGGCGUCGCUGCUGGAGCGCGCGGACGAGGCGCUGCUGCCGGCCGUGUACAGGGAGGUGGGCGCCGAGCUGGGCGCGUCCCCGGCCGCGCUGGGCUCCCUCGCGCUGUGCCGCGCGCUCGUCCAGGCCGUGUGCUACCCGCUGGCGGCGUGCGCCGCGGCGCGCCACGACCGCGCGCGCGUCGUGGCCGCGGGGGCCUUCCUCUGGGCCGUCGCCACCAUGCUCGUCGGCGCCUCGGGCACUUUUCUCCAGAUGGGGAUCGCGAGAGGGUUUAACGGCGUUGGCCUGGCGCUGGUGUUGCCGGCGUUGUCCUCCCUGGCGGCCGACUACAGCGACGACACGACGCGCGGCUCGGUGUUUGGGUGGUUAGGGAUGGCGAGCCGGCUGGGCGCCAUGGCGGGGGGCACGCUCGGCGUGCUGCUCGCGCCCACCACCUUCCUCGGCGUCCCCGGCUGGCGCCUGGCAUUCCACAUACUCGCGCUCCUCAGUGUCGCGCUCGCCGUCUCGACGUGGUUCCUCGCCUCGGACCCGCGUCCGCCCAGCACGUCCGAGAAGAGCACGGUCUCUGUGGCUAGGGAACUCAUCAUGGAGGCCAAGGACGUGGUGCGGGUGCCGACGUUCCAGAUCCUGGUGGCGCAGGGGGUGGCCGGGUCGGUGCCGUGGACGGCGCUCACCUUCGCCGCCAUGUGGCUGGAGCUCGUGGGGUUCACGCACUGGGAGACCAGCGCCAUCAUCAACCUCAACCAGCUGGCCGGGGCGCUCGGCUCGCUGUUCGCCGGGUUCGUCGGCGACCCCAUGGCGCGGCGGUUCCCGAACGCCGGCAGGGUCGCGCUGGCGCAGGUGAGCACGGCGUCGACCGUCCCGGUCGCCGCCGUCCUGCUGCUCGCGCUGCCCAUCGACCCCUCGGCCGGGGCCGCGUACGCCACCGCCUUCGCCGUCCUGGGCUUCGUCAUGCCCUGGUGCCCACCGGCCACCAACAACCCUAUAUUGGCAGAGAUCGUGCCGGAGAAGGCGAGGACGACGGUGUACGCGCUGGACAGGUUCUUCGAGACGAUCUUCGCGUCGUUUGCGCCAGCCGUGGUGGGCAUCCUGGCGGAGCGGGUUUUCGGAUACAAGCCGGCGUCCGGCGCCACCGGGAAGACCGAACGGGAGAACGCCGCCGCGCUGGCGAAGGCAGUCUUCGCGGAGAUGGCCGUGCCGAUGGCCGUCUGCUGCAGCAUCUACUCCUUGCUCUACUGCACGUAUCCAGCAGACAGACAGCGCGCGCAGAAGGCAGCUCUGGUUGCGCGAGGAGAAGAGGACUGUGAAAAUGCUACUUGUAGUACUACUGCUACUGGAGUUGAUAGCUUAAACCAGGCAUUGCUUGUCAGAAGUGACUAGCAACAUAUCUAAGACAGGUUUGGCUACAUGGACAAAAAUGUAUACGCUUCUGUCCAGAAAUACUUGUAGGAGAAAUGACGUAUAUAUUAGUUGACAUCCAUUUUUUUCAUUUUUUACGACAAAUAAUUCCGGACGAAGGGAGUAUAUUUUUUAGGUUCGCUCAGGAAGGCAAUUUACAGGCUUUACAGCCAUUUAUAUUCAAGACAAGAUCUCAGAUGCAAUUCUUAAUAAAUCCUCUAAACUAAAAACUAAAUAUGUACCAAAUAAUAUAUAGCCUCCCUGAUCUCCAGUAUCAAAAGCGGCUUACGAGUUAGAUGAGCAGAAAAUAUAUUACACAAAAAAAAAUGCUAGCUGCGACUAAAGGAACACGCAAAGUUAACUAGGCCAAGGAGCUGCGUCAGAUGGGACCAAAUAAUUCAAAGUUAUUUAAAACCAACAACUUUCUAUAAACCAAGAUUCGACAUGCUGUCACAUAAAUUAUUCCCUUUAUAAACCAAUUACAGAGAAAAAAAGAAGAUGAAAUGAAAAA